AUGUUCCCCAUCAAAUUGCACUUGAAUAACGAUCUUCGUUCCGUCAACACCAGCGCUCGAUCGACCAUCUUAACCUCAAACCUCUCCAACAGCAAGAACACCAUCAGUAACAUCGACCAUAAUGCUCCAUCUGAUUCUGAAAGACCUCAGUUUAAAAGAGCAAAUUCCACUCCAAUCCUAUCCACUACAAAAAAAUUAUUCCAAAAAUUUUCCAUCUCAAAUUUAAAUAACCGGUUAUCCUUUGAUAACAUCAAUAACAAUUACAAUUACAAUUAUAAUUGUAAUUAUAAUUAUAGUUAUAACUAUAACUACAAUAACCAGAUUAAUAACAGGAAUAAUAACCAUAACAGUUACGACGAUAAUGAUGAUAUUUAUAUCAAUUUCCAGAAACAUACUUCAUCUUCCUUUUCUCCAAAAAAUCUACUAAGUAUCCUGUCAAAGACUUUUAAAAAAUUUAAAUCAAAGACAAACUCAAUUAUAUCCAGUUCUUUAUCUGAUAAUAAUCUAAAUCCCUAUUUAUCCAGUAAUUAUAACCACAACGAUUACAAUAACUAUAAAAGUAAUACUACGAAUAAUAUUUAUAAUAAAAAUUACAAUAAAAAUUUUACCGCCAACACUAAUCAUUUUAAUUUUCCUUAUUAUUACUAUAUUAAUGAUACCCAAUCAAUUCAUAACAACAAUAAUCAAAAUAAUAAUAUAGAUAAUAUAAAAAGUAUAGAAAACACUCAAAGUACUCAAGAUAAUCAAGAUACUCAAGAUAAAACCAAUAUAGACACAACAAAUGAUACCAUCAUACCCUCCCAUUUAUUAACCCUUGACAUAGACUCUUUAUCUUCCAUUUCAAAUUCUUCUCAUUUACCAAAGCUAAACACAACUACCACUAAUAAUAAUAAUAAUAAUAAUAAUAAUAAUAAUAAUAAUAAUAAUAAUAAUCAAAAAAAUAAUAAUAAUCAAAAAAACACUAAUACAAAAAUUCAAAAUAAAUCUUGCUCAAACUGUCAUCAUACAAUCAUAAAUGAAAAAUCACUAAAAUUUAAUUCAAACUACUACCACUCUUCUUGUUUUAACUGCGAUAUCUGUAAUACCCCUUGUCCUUCAAAUUACUACAUCUAUAAUAAUUCUCAAAAAUUAUGUGAGCAUCAUUAUUAUAAAAAAUUAAACCUAAUUUGUUUUCAUUGUCAAUCUCCAAUUAAAGAUAACUCUUAUAUAUCAAUCCAAUUCAAUACCUCAAAUUCUUUCCAAAACAUCCAGAAUUUCCAUUUAAACCAUCUUAAAUGCUCAAUCUGCCAAACCUCCUAUCUAUCAAAUCAAAACUUACAAUUCUUUGAACUAUCAAAUAAAAUCUUUUGCAAAAAUCAUUACAAAAAAUACCUAAAGGGUUUCUUCAAAUGCUACUCUUGUAAACAAAAAAUAGAUUUUCAAAACGAAAAAUUUAUUGAACUUAGAAUUAAGAAAAAACAUGUCAAACUUGAUGGUAAAAAAUAUCUAAUAAAAAGUAAAAGAUUCUAUCAUCUUUCAUGUUAUUUUCAAUCAUAA